CUCUUUUAAUAUAUUUAUAUAAUUACAAUUUAUUUUUUAAAGUUUAGUAAUUAACUAAAAGCUAAUUUAUAAACUCAACAAUGGCUCAACAGUCUCCUCAAAAAAUUCGAGAACUUCGAUUACCAAUUUCAAGAGUUAAAACAAUCAUGAAAAGUUCUCCUCACGUUGAUUCUGUUGGCCAGGAUGGAUUAUUUUUGGUAGCUAAAGCAACGGAAAUGUUCAUUCAUCAUCUAACACUAGAAGCAUAUAUUAAGGCUAAUCGUGCUAGUAAUUUAGACUAUAAACACUUGGCAGAAGUAGUACAAACUAGUGAAACAUUAGAAUUCUUAAAAGAAAUAAUGCCACGAAAAAUAACUGUGAGAAAAUUUAAAGAAUUAAUGGCUGCUAAAGAAGCUGCUCAAAAUAGCUCAUCUGAUAGUUCCGAUUCUGAUUCUGAUAGUGACAGUGCCAGUCAAGGAGAUUCUGAAUCAGCAUCUGGAAGUGAUGAUGAAAAAGAAAGUAGUAAUAACCAAGAUGAUAAUGUUAAAGACAGUGAAGAUAAUGCGCACAACAACGAGCCUUCGAAUAGUGAUAGCGAAUCAGAAAAUACUGUAAAUGAUAAACGAAGCCCGAGCACCAGCAACACAAGUACAAGUGAAAAUGAAGAUUAAUGUACAAGUUUGAAUUUUUUAAUUGUAUUUUUAAGAUUUUUUAUGUAAUAAGAUGCAAGCGAUGCCUUUAAGUAAAAAUGUUAAGUAUUUAUUUUUAUGAUAAAACAUUUGUAU